AUGCCGUUCCUUAUCUCAUUAACAAUUUUACAGGAUACACCCGUAUCGUCACCGAAAGUGAGUACUUCCAGUAGUCCACGCGAAGAGACUGAAGACGCAGCGGGUGAAGAUGAUAGCGAUAGCGCUCGUUUUCCGCAUCUGGAUUUUGAUUUCCUGCAGCCGAAUCGCAUUCGCGACGCCGAAGGACGGUUGGCCAGCGAUCCUGAUUAUUGUCCUCGUACUCUGUAUGUACCGGAAGGUUUCAUGAAAAAGCAAACACCUGGGCAUCGGCAGUGGUGGGCAGCCAAAUCGGCUUAUUUCGAUACAGUUUUGUUUUUCAAAGUUGGCAAAUUCUAUGAAAUGUAUCAUAUGGAUGCCGUGAUUGGUGUGGAGAACCUGAACCUCAAUUACAUGAGGGGUGGAUUUGCACAUUGCGGUUUUCCGGAAGUUGCAUAUGGGCGUUUUGCGGAUCAGCUGGUUAAUCGAGGAUUCAAGGUGGCGCGAGUGGAACAGACAGAAACGCCAUCUCAGCUGGAGAGCAGGAAUAAAGCUGAAAAAGCUAACGACAAAGUUGUGAGGAGAGAAGUGUGUAAUAUAGCAACGUCAGGAACUCGAACAUAUGGUGUUCUUGAUGGCAAUGAUCAGCAAGGAAUCAUUGAACUGAUGGAUUCUACAGCACGCUACCUGUAUGCUAUAGCUGAAAGGGGCUCAGAUCGCAUGGAGUAUGGCGUAUGUUUCGUCGAUACAACCGUUGGCCGAUUUUACAUUGGUCGCUUUUCGGACAGUGGCAGUCGUUCUGCACUAAGAACCCUUUUUGCGCAUCACCAGCCGGCGCAGAUAUUAUAUGAACGCGGCCGAGUUUCGGCUUCAACAAUGGCAGUGUAUAAUAACGCUCUCAGCGCAGUGGCAAAGGAAGCGUUAAUACCAAAGAAAGAAUUUUUGACUGCUGAAAAUACACUCAAAUUGCUGGCAAACGAAAAAUAUUUUGGUGGAACAUAUGAAAAGUGGCCCGUAGUGCUGCUCAAAAUGAUCGAUAGAAGCAGUCUGGUACCCAAAUGUGAUUCGGCCUACGAAGCAAGCAUGUCGGCCCUGGGGGCCGUGAUUUGGUACUUGAAAAGAUGCCUGGUGGAUGUCGAUAUGAUUUCGAUGCGUCAAUUUGAACUCUAUAAGCCCGUCGAUCUCACUGGUCCAUUGCCUGAAGAAAAGGAAGAGCCGAAAACCGGUGAAGCAUUAUGGCGUGGACGGCGACUUGUUCUGGACGGGCUUACACUCAAACAUCUCAACAUUGUCCCACCGGUUGGUGGUAUUAACAAAUUUGUUGCACGUGAUCCAGUCACUGCAAAAUAUGCUCUCUUCAAUGUUAUUAACAAAUGUAUCACACCUGCCGAUGCAAUUCAGUGGGUUACGGAAGCCGGAUCGAAGAAAUUUAUCCAGAGAGCCACGGAGUGCUUGAGAAAAGUACCUGAUUUGGAACGUUUAGUUCAGAAAAUACAUACGUUCGGAUUGAAAUAUCGAGCGGAAGAGCAUCCGGACAGCCGAGCACAAAUGUUCGAGACAAUGCGUUACAAUAAGCGAAAAAUACGAGACUUAGUUCAGGCUCUGGAAGGUUUUGAGCGUGUUCUCGAGCUUCGUUCGGAAUUCAUGCGGAAUUUCGGCAGUAUUUCUAGGUCAGCAUGCAUUUGA